UCGCCAUAGGAUAGAAUCUGUGACAUCAUUGAAAAUGUCACAAAGGCGGCAUAGAAACCAUUCAGAGUUGUGUCUGCUGAAUGAACAGUAUGGAGAGAAGCCGGCUGCAAGGACUUUUAUUAUCAGAAGUGGACAGCUAGUGGUAACUCCACAAAAUAUGGCCGUCUUUUCGCGGAAAUCUCAGAAGAAGGUCUACCGUGCAGUGUCCUCCAUCAACUUUGCGAUGCUCCUCAUUGCCACUGUAACUCCUCUAUUGCUGUGGUACCCGUUUCAGGAUGGCUAUUUCUUGAGGGGAUUGUGGACCUUCUGCGAUCGGUUUGGUUGUAAUGAAAUUUUUGACCCUGGGGCCUACUUAGAUGCUGCUCAGGCCCUGUCUGUACUAACUAAUAUGGUUGGAUUAAUUGCGUUGCUUUCGUCGUGGGAGAUGUUUAAGAUCUUUGUCGACUGGGACAUAGAUGAAAACAUCACUUCUUGUGUGACUAACUUCACCACAGGAAGCUUGCUUUUAAGUACUCUGCUGAUUACAUUCUUCAAGCUUAGGACAAUAGUGGACAUAAACGGAAAUCGCCUUAAACCAUUCUGUGGUUUCUACAUUGGUUGCAUUGCUUGUGCUCUAAGCUUCACCUUAGAUCUCACACACAUUGAUUCAAGACUUCCAUGGUUCCCCUGGAUUCUAAUGGAGAGGAAAGGGAAGACCGCUAUGUUCAUCAUCGGCUUUCAUUAUCGCAUUGGUUCUCUCAAAGAGGACAUACCACCCUGUCUGGAAUUUGUGAUAGAAUUUCAGUGCCUUGCAUCUUCAAAGGUGUACAUUAUACUGUCUCCUGCUUCAACUUCUUUCUGCUCAUGGUGAUCUCAGUAUCCCCCAAUUGGCUUGUGCAUCCUUCAGGGGAUAAAGCUUUUGUAAUGGGAUUUUGGACCUACUGUUUCCAUUCCCAAUGUGACAUCAUUUAUCAAACUACAAGAGAUCUGAAUAUUGUCCGGACACUUUUAGUAAUAGCUAUUUUAUGUUCCUUGGCUUCACUGGUCACAUCUCGGGCUCUUCUCAUGCGUUGUGUGCAGAGGAGCGUACCUGAAGGCAUGAUUUCUUCCAUAGCUAACUUCACUGCAGGAAGCUGUGUACUGGCCUGCCUUGUACUUACGGACAUGAAGCUUACAACUAUCAUGGAGCCGGAUAAAUCUGUGGACCUAUUGCUGCAUAAGGAUUUCUACCGGGGUUGCGUCUCCUGUUCUUUGUGGUACCUCUUGGGUAAAUAAUAGACUCCAUGGAUAGCAAGCUUAUUAUGGUACAGGUACCAACUCUUUCUAGUGAGAAAGUUUGGGAUUGAUGUAGGUUCUGACCAUCACCUAGAGAUAUCUUCAUCUCUCCCUGCAGUAUUUCCCAUGUAGUACUUGAACCAUAUGGACAACUACAGGCAUUCUGUUGUGCGAACUAUACAUGGGAUCCUGGAACCAGAUUGGACAAUGGACAAUCCAAGUGGUGAUGUCAGCUUCCCAGAAGCCCUUCAUGGUGUUGGGCUAGCCUCCUGUACGUCUGCAUGAGACAGACAUAUACACUCCUAUCCAGUAACCAGCCCCUUUUGAAGAGGAACGUUUUGAGACUAUUGUGUGACCCAAGUUGAAGUUUUGGACAACUUGAUAUUUCUGUCUGGCAGUGUUGGACACUUUGUCAUUUCUGUAAGGAAAAAAGCAAAAUCCAGCUUCAUUUCCAAUACAAUCAUAUCCUCAUUUUACUUACACCGAGUCUCACUAAAAGAUUUCUCUUUUCAAAUGAAUUUGAUGGUUCCCAUCCUGAAGUCCAAUUAUAAAUCUGAAUGUUAGAUGGUUGUGAAAAUAUCUAUGUGCAUGUAUAAACUUCGAGUCUACGCUAA